CAGAGCAAAGAUUUUGAGCGUGGAAAAGUCUGUCAAAGUUCUUCUCUCUGCGCGUUCAAGAUGGGAGAUUCACAAGGGAAUGGUAAAAGAAAAGAUUACAAAACUUGGAAUGCUGAAGAGAGCAAUGUUUUGCUUCAAAUUAUGGUUGAAGGCGCCAAACUUGGAUUGCGUGAUAUUAAUGGUGUGAUAAGCAAACAAACAGUAGAGGCGAAGCUACUUCCUAAACUAAAGGAAAAACUUGGUUGUGAAAUAAGUUUUAGUCAUUACCAAAGUAGAGUGAAAUGGUUUAAGAAACAAUACACCAAUUACUCUCAACUUAUGCGUCAUAGUUCUGGAUUUGGGUGGGAUCCGAUCACAAAGAGAUUCACUGCUGAUGAUGAAGUAUGGGCAGAUUAUUUGAAGUCACAUCCAACGCAUGGGCACUUUCGGUCAGAAACUUUUCCAGACUAUGAGGACUUGAAAAUUGCAAUUGGAAAUGGAACUGCAACUGGAAUGGGCUCAAUCAGUUUAGGUGAUGAUACAGAUGCCUCUACAUUUGGAGCAGAAGAAAACGGACCUUGGGGAAUUGAUGGAUUAGUUUUUGAUAGAAAUACUAACAUGUUCGUGCAAAGUGAAAAUGAGUCAUCACACCAAGAAAACUCGCCAUCUCUUUCACAACAACCCUCCCAAGGUACCAAUGUAGAUGCUCCACCACAUAGCAGGACUCAAGGAAAACGGAGUAGGACUGACUAUGAAAAUAAUAGCGGCUCAAAGGGGGCAACUAGUCAGGCUGAGGUUUUAGAAAACUUAUCAAGUGGCAUUGGUAAAAUUGUCACAAGUUUUGAUAAAAUUUGUGGCUUAAUGGAGAAGAGAGAAUCAAGAGAGAGUGAUCUUUUGGAUGCUAUGAAUGAGACCCCAGGAUUAACUGAUGAGGCUUGCUUUAUGGCUCUUGAUUUGCUUAAUACUAAAGCAAAGCAAGAUUUCUUCUUGAAGAUGACUCCUGAACAACGACAUAAUUGGAUCACCUAUAAACAAAUGCAAUAGGUGUGGGUCAAUCUCCACUAGCGACACCUAAUAAGCAAUAGGCUAUGUUCUAUUAUUAAUUUUAAGUUAUGGAGUUUGAUUUUAUUUUGUUUGAAUUGCAGCUUGUUUUGAAUGAUUUUAAACUGGUGCUUUCUCUAUUAGCAAUGUCUGAAAUGGACAUGUAUGGAGCUGAUGAAGAGGAAGAGCAGUUUUACGAGGCUGUUAAGAUAUUAUUAAUGGCAAUACAAGCAGUGAUUUAUGUGUUAUACGAACUUGUGUUCAGCAUACGUGGUGAACAUAUUAGACGUCCGCUGACUCGUCGACCAGUGACAUCAAGUGGAUACAUAUAUAUGCACAACAUAUUGGACAGAGACCCUCAAAUCUUUAGAGAUGUGUAUAGAAUGUAUCCUGACGUGUUUCGAAAAUUAUGUAGCAUCCUAAAAGCGAAAACACCUUUACGGGAUACAAGACACAUUUGUGUUGAAUAAAUGCUUGCAACCUUUUUACUAGUUGUCGGCCAAAAUAAUCGAUACAGUGAAGCUCGGCUGAUAUUUGAGCGAUCUCAUUUUGCUGUUAGCAGAAGUUUCAACAAAGUCUUGAAGGCCUUGAAUACAAUAGCACCACAGUUUAUGGCUAAACCUGAAUCCAUACCACCUAACAUAAGAGAAAGUACAAGGUUCUAUCCUUACUUUAAGGAUUGUGUCGGAGCUAUAGAUGGCACGCAUAUUCCUGCAACGGUAGUUGGACGUGAGGUAAGCAGAUAUCGAAAUCGCCAUGGGAAGAUAUCACAAAAUGUAUUAGCAGCUUGUAACUUUGAUUUACAGUUCAUAUAUGUGAUUAGUGGAUGGGAGGGUUCCGCUCAUGAUUCAAAAGUGUUGAAUGAUGCGAUUUCUAGACGAAAUGGACUCAAAGUGCCACCAGGUAAAUAUUACUUAGGGGACUGCGGAUUCCCAAAUCGACAUCGGUUCCUAGCUCCAUUUCGAGGUACUCGAUAUCACCUCAAAGAUUUUGGUGGUGAAGGAAAUCAUCUUGUCAAUGCAAUUGAGUUAUUCAAUCUUCGCCAUGCUUCCUUGAGGAACGUAAUUGAGAGAAUAUUUGGAAUAUUUAAGUCGCGUUUCACAAUCUUCAAAUCAGCACCACCAUUUUUAUAUAAGACACAAGCAGAACUAGUUUUGGCUUGUGCAGGACUGCACAAUUUUCUUCGACAGGAAUGUCGUUCAGAUGAAUUUCCUCCUGAACCAGAAGAAGAUCCGAUAGACAAUCACGAAGAUAAUUUUGAAUGGGAUGAUUUUCAAACCCAAGAUCAGCAAAGAGAGAAUGCUAAUGAAUGGAGAAUGAGUAUUGCUACUCAUAUGUGGACAGAUGCCCAACCAAAUGCCAACAAUGAAAACAAUGACAAUCAAGAAAGUGAAAAUGAGGGAGAAGAAUAAAUCAUAUCAUUAUUUCAAAGACGUCUGCUUAUUUGGCAUGAAACUUCAUCAAUGUGUUUUUUUUU